CCUUCCAAACCUCGCUUUGCUAGGCCAAAUCCCGUCCGGGCCCUCCGCGAGCGUGAAGAACGCUCUCAUGCGUCUGCUCUGGCUCGCGCAUCGUCCAUCCAGCGGCCGGGCGUCGUCACUCCCGCUCACCAGCAGUGCGCCAACAAGGCCUGUCCGAAGCCCAAUGUCGUCGACGGAACCUGCCAGACCUGUGGCCGUGUCGCGGACGACAGCAACAUCGUCUCCGAGGUCCAGUUCGGCGAGACCUCGUCCGGAGCUGCCAUGGUGCAGGGAACCUUUGUCGGUGCCGAUCAGGCCGGUGUUAGAGGCAUGGGCCCGGCUUUUAGGAGAGUCGGCGGCAGCGAGGACAGGGAGAAGAGCAUCCGCGAGGCCCGCGGCCUCAUGCAGGGUUACGCGCAGCAGCUCAACAUCAGCGACAGCCUCGUCACCGCGGGCACCCAGGUCUUCAAGCUUGCGUCCAGCGCCAACUUUAUCCAGGGCCGCACCCUCGCCAGCGUUGCGGCUGUCUGCCUCUAUGCGGCCUGCCGAGCUGAGCCGCCCUGCAAGGUCAUGCUCAUCGACUUGGCCGACUUGGUCCAGCUCAACGUCUUCAAGCUGGGGCGCAUCUUCAAGAAGCUCAACGAGGUGGUGCCGAUUGGCGCCGACGGCUUGAUCCCAGUCUACCCCGAGGAUCUCAUCUGGCGAUUCGCGACAAAGAUGGAGUUUCACCAGGACACCGCCAAGGUCGCCGAGGAUGCCGUUCGGCUGGUCAAGCGCAUGAGCAGGGACUGGAUGGUUAUGGGCCGUCGUCCCUCUGGUAUUUGCGGUGCCUGUCUGCUCAUGGCUGCUCGCAUGCACAACUUUCGACGAACAAUUCGCGAAGUCGUCUACAUUGUAAAAGUCACAAACCACACAAUUCAGAACCGAUUGCAAGAGUUUAACAACACCGAGUCAAGUCGCAUGUCGGUCGAGGAUUUCUUGAAGCAAGAUUUCCUGGAGAGCUCACACGAUCCUCCCUCAUUCUACCGCAAGUCGGAUGAGUACAGGAAGAAGGCAGAGGAGAGGUCACGCAAGCGCAAGCGCGGCAUCACAGGCGAAGCCGCCGAAGAACAGAACCCAGAAGAGGCCCCAGCCAAGCGACAUGUGGAGGGCGGAGCAGACCUUUCCAAGGCGCCCGAGGUCAACUAUCGCCGAGACGCUGAUGGAUUCAUCAUCCCGCCUCUGCCUUCGCAAAUUCCACAGGGCAACAUCAGUCUCAACCCAUCAAAGGAUGAAAACGAAGACGGCACCGAGGGCCUGGAAGAUCUCGCUGAAGCAUUCGGAGACGCUCUGGAUCAAGAAGAGGCUGCAGAUCAAGAGUCCGCGGGCCGAGGCAAAGGCAAACGCGCCAAGCCUCAGCUUCCCAUCAACGAAGAAUGGGAGCAAGAUGAACAGGAGCUCGAGGGAGUCAUUGAGGAGAUUUUCAACGACCCCCUAACCUAUGAGCACGCUCUUGCUUAUUCGACUGCCGAGCAGCGCGCUCGCAUCCACUCCCUGUGGGCUCGUCAGCAGCAACCGCAGAAAGAAGUGUCCAUGGCGGCCGACGUCACCGAGGACGAGUUCGCCGACGAUCCCGAGGUCAUCAACUGCCUGCUCUCGCCGGAAGAAGCCCGCAUCAAGGAGAUUAUCUGGGUCAACCAGAACAAGGACUGGCUCAGGAAGCACCAGGAAAAGGUGUUUCGGCGCAAGAUGGAGGCGGAGCGCCCCAAGCAGACGCGCAAGCGGAGAAAGCGCGCCAGGAUGGGAGAGGGCCAGACGAGCCCCGCCAGCUCGGCCGCAGAGGCCGCCAUCGGCGUGGCCAAGGACCGGGCGUGGUCCAAGCGGAUCAACUACGAUGCCAUCCGCAGCAUCUUUGACAUUCCCAAUGUCGGGCUUGGCUCUGCGGCUACCAGCCGCAAGACCAGCUUGGCCGGAAGCACCUUUGGCGCCGACGACGACGCCAGCGAGGCUCCCGACGAGAGUGUUGCCGGGGAUGACGUCCAGGAGCACGAUGAGGAAGAGUACGAGGAGCCGGAGGAG